UUCUUCAUCGUCAUCCAUUUCUUUUUUCCAGCCCCUAAUCUCUCUGGAUCAAACAAAUUUUCGUCAAAAAUAACAAAAUCAUUUUUUCUAAUUUCUUAAUUUGAUUUCUCUAGCUUUUUUUCUCCCAUCUCUGAUUUUUUUCAAUGACAAGAUUUUCUUGAUUAUCAUCAUCCCCAGCUCGUCGUAGGGCUUCACCAGAGCUCUCGAUCGAGCUCCUUUCUCAAACACAAAUUUCUUGAACCCUGAUUUUGAUCAAAGUUUAAGCUAUUAUCAUCUCUUUAGUUUCUCCGAUUUCUGUAAAAGAUAAUGUAAAGAAGACGAGAAAUUAAUUUUUAAUGGGAGAGGAUUGAAUUUUAUUUUAUUUUAUUUUGGGUGGAUGAUGACGAAGAGGAGAUAUAAUAAUAAAUGAAUUCAGAGGAGCCAAAUUAUUUAGUAUCUCCGCCGCCGACGGACGAAGAAGAAGAGAUGGAGCUGGCAGCGCAAUUAAAACGGGGAAUAUCCCGGCAAUUCUCCACCGGAUCGAUGAGGAAAAGUGGGAAAUUUAGUUUUAAGAGGCAAUCAUCGUUAAACCCGAGAAUUAAUACAUUGCGGUUUAGUUUCGGGAGGCAAUCGAGUUUGGAUCCGAAUCGGAGGAAUUCAUUUCCUGAUGAACUCACUGUUCCUGAGAAUCUUGACUCGACGAUGCAAUUGUUGUUUUUGGCUUGUCAGGGUGAUGUGAAGGGUGUUGAGGAAUUGUUAAAGGAAGGGACGGAUGUGAAUAGUAUUGAUUUGGAUGGAAGGACUGCGCUGCAUAUUGCUGCUUGUGAAGGCCAUGUGGAUGUUGUCAAGCUGUUGUUGAGUCGGAAAGCUAAUAUUGAUGCUCGUGAUCGGUGGGGGAGUACGGCCGCUGCUGAUGCCAAAUAUUAUGGCAAUACAGAGAUUUACAAUAUCUUGAGGGCUCGAGGAGCCAAAGUUCCGAAAAUCAGGAAAACCCCAAUGGCAGUAUCAAACCCUCGGGAAGUUCCAGAGUACGAGCUGAAUCCAUUAGAGCUGCAGAUACGGAAGGGAGAUGGUAUUUCAAAGGGCACGUAUCAAGUGGCUAAAUGGAAUGGGACAAAGGUUGCUGUCAAAAUACUCGAUAAGGACGGUUAUACUGAUCCUGAUGUAAUAAAUGCCUUCAAACUUGAGUUGACUCUGUUAGAGAGGGUGCGGCAUCCAAAUGUGGUUCAGUUUGUUGGAGCUGUUACUCAAAACAUGCCCAUGAUGAUUGUUUCAGAGUACCAUCCAAAAGGUGAUCUUGGAACCUAUCUACAAAAGAAAGGACGUUUGUCACCUUCAAAAGCUUUAAGAUUUUCUCUCGAUAUUGCAAGGGGAAUGAAUUAUCUCCAUGAAUGCAAACCAGAUCCCAUCAUUCAUUGCGAUUUAAAGCCAAAAAAUAUUUUGCUGGAUAGUGCGGGUCAGCUCAAGGUGGCAGGAUUUGGUUUGAUAAAAUUAUCAAAAAUAUCACCUGACAAAGCAAAACUAGCACAUGCAGAUGCCUUUGAUGGUCCAAGUUCAUACAGGGCACCUGAAAUUUAUAAGGAUGAAAUAUUUGAUAGAAGUGUCGACGCAUUCUCAUUUGGUCUCAUUCUUCAUGAGAUGAUUGAAGGAACACCCCCUUUUCAUCCCAAGCCUGUAGAUGAAGUUGCAAGAAUGAUAUGUUUGGAGGGAAUGAGACCACCAUUAAAGACAAAAUCAAGAACAUAUCCGCCGGACCUAAAAGAGUUGAUUGAAGAAUGUUGGGAUGCAGAAUCUGUGGUGAGGCCUACUUUUUCUGAGAUUAUCGUGCGGCUGGACAGAAUAGUUGCCAACUGCUCCAAGCAUGGAUGGUGGAAAGACACCUUUAAGCUUCCUUGGAAAUGAGUAAGGAAGUCGUAAUUUGAUACGAAGAAUGGAACAAAACCAAAACGUUUCAAGUGGCCGAUGAACUUCCAUAAUCAUACACAGGUUUUGGGAAAAUUUGUUGUUGUUAUUGUUGUACUAUUUUGUUUUACUGUCUUGAAUCGAGAACGAAAUAUCAUGUGAAAAAAAUAAAAAGGGCAUAAGAUAAAAUUAUAAUCAGCCUUUUUCACUGUUUCUGAAGGAAAUAUAAAAGCUCUUUUGUAUGUAUAAUGUGUGAGAUGACUUCUGUUUAGAUACUUCCUCGGCAUCUAUAAAAUAAUUCAAGCAC